AUGAAAUAAUUAUCCACUGUUACUAAACCAAGAGGAGUAGAUAGAGUGAAAUAAGCAGAUCAAUUUAUUUAGUGUUUUCAUAAUAAAGAGAGUGAAGAAUUAAUUAAGAAAUGGAAUAUUUAAUUAGAACCAAAAUGUUUAUAGAUUUAAAGUUCUAAAAUCAAACCAGGAAAUAUUAUGAUGGGGAAUAACACAUCUAUAAAUAUAGAAACAGGUAAUUUAGAUAGAGAUACUCAGACAGCUAUGUUAAGAGGAGUAGGUUUAGAGAAUUGGGGAAUAUUAUAUAAUGAUAGAGAUGGUAGAUAAGCUGAAGAUUUUAUGAGUUGUUUGAGAGAGAGUAUUGAAUAUUGUAAAUUUUAAUGCAAAGCUCCUCGUACUUUUGUACUUCAUUCAAAUAGAAUUGAAGAUUGGAUUAAAUAAAUAGAUUUAAUUGUAUAAUAAUCAUAAGGACCAUAAAAAGUAACCUUGUUAUUAUUAAUAUUAAAUGGUCCAAAGAAGAAUGCUCCACUUUAUACAGAUAUCAAAAGAUAUUUAAUUAAUGAUUGUCCAAUAGCUUCAUAAGUUAUAUUGAGUUCCACUUUAAAUUAACCUAAAGGAAAAGUUAAAACUAUUUGUAAUAAAUUAUUGGUUCAAAUUUGUGCUAAAGUUGGAGGAACACCUUGGGGAGUAUCAGAAUUACCAUUUACUGAUUAACCAACUAUGAUUUGUGGAAUGGAUGUAUAUCAUUCUACUGGAAAAGCAAAAAAAUCUAUGUUAUCAUUUGUAUCAACAGAAGAUGAAUUCUUUAGUAAAUACAUGACUUAAUCAAUUGAAAUGGAAACUGGAGUAGAAUUUUCAUUCAGUUUAUGUCCAGUCUUAGUCAAAUCCUUGCAAUCUUUUUGUGGAGAUAGGAAUGGUCCUUUGCCAUCUAGAAUUAUUAUAUUCAGAGAUGGUGUUUCUAAUUCUUAAGCAAAAACUGUUAUUGAAACAGAAGUAGCACAAUUCAGAUAAGCAAUUGAAUAAGUUAAAACAGAAAAGAAUUCUGACAAACCAAUUAAAUUGAUAGUAUUAUCAGUCAAUAAAAAAGUAGGAGCUAAAUUUUAUGCUGGAGAGAGGUAAUAAUUAUUUUUAUUAUCAUUAAUAUAGAAACUUAGACAAUCCACCUUAAGGUACAUUGAUAGACACUGAAAUUAGCAAUGGAAAAGAUGAUUAUUAUUUGAUAUCUCAAAGAACAACUUAAGGAACAGUUUAGCCCACUCAUUAUCAUGUUUUAGUAAAUGAUUUAUUUGAUGAACCUAAUAUCCUUAAGAAAUUGUAGGCUUUGUCUUAUAAAUUGUGCUAUAUGUAUUACAAUUUCAGUGGAGCCAUUAAAGUAAUUGUUAUAGUUUUAGUAGAUACCUGCACCUAUCCAAUAUGCUCAUGUUUGUUCUAAUUUUAUAGGAGAUAGAUUUGAUCCAAGAAAACCAUAAUCUUUGAUUAAGCCAAAUCCAAUAUUGAAUCAGAGAAGAUCACUCUUCUUCAUAUGA